UUUGAAUACCAAUUGUCACCAAAACACUCGUCACUCACCACUCAAUCAUCGCUCGGCACCACUCAUACCGGCGCUGAAGAUCCUAAAGCAUAUCACGUGUCAAACGACGAGACCAGCGAUGAGACAUCGGAUGCCGAAGAUAUGACCGCCAAUAGGAGACCUGGUUUUAGGUCACAGAACGUGUUGAAAGCGAGUCUAAGGGCCAGAAGAGGGACACAUCCGUCGGGCACCGGCUGUAAGGCUGCCGUCGGUCUCAACGGCGAUAAGUUGGCCGCCGAUCGGCUCAAACACGAGUGCUCUUGGAUUGGCUGCGAUCAGCGGUUCCGCGACAACUACGCCCUGAAGGCACACAUACGGCUCCGACACACUAAUGAGCGGCCAUUCAAGUGCUCGGACUGUACCAAAGGGUUUGCCGAUAGGAAACACCUUCGAGAGCACCAGAAGAUACACACCAUCGGUGGUCACGUGUUUCGGUGUCAACUCGACGGCUGUUCGUAUGAGACCCGACGCGAGGCCAACCUCAGGGAACACACCCUUCGCCACAACAACAUCCGUAACUACCGGUGCGACCAAAACGGGUGCGACAAGUGUUUUGUCACCAAUUAUGAGCUGAAAGUGCAUAAAAGUCACGUGCAUUCGGACGACCGGCCAUUCGGGUGCGAUUGGCCCGGAUGUGAGGCCGACUAUAAGAGCAAACAACGGCUCGAUGACCACAAAUUGUCUCAUUUAGGUGUCCGACAGUUCGCCUGCGAUUUCACCGGUUGUGCGAAGAGUUUUGUGACCAAAAAGAAGUUGACUCAACACCGCAACGAACACAUAAAACCCUACGCCUGCAGUUGGCCAGAGUGUGGCCACUCGUUCGGCAACAAUCGCGCCCUCAAAGCACAUACAAACGCUCACGAAGGCGUCCGACCGUUCGGCUGCCCGACCACCGACUGUCCCAAAGCUUUCUAUAGUAAACCGCAACUCAAUUCUCAUAUAAAGUCAGCGCAUAAACGCCCGGAACUGUCGGAUGUUAUGCCCGUCACCACAACCACAGCCGCCGCCAGUUCGUUGUUCACACGACCUCAUGCUUUUGUUGGCCACUCGCCGGUCAUGCCGUGGCCUAACACUGCGCCCGAUCGACAUCACAUUUAA